GGGGGGUGGGCCGGGGGAGGGGAGGUUCGUUCCACGGCGCUGCAGCCUGAACCGGGACCAGGAAUCUCCUUCAACCUUGCCCUGUACAUCUUUGGCAGAAAGUGAGGAGGAAAAAACCCUCCAUUGUUCCUUGGCAUGGACACAAGUUUGGUGGGAACAUUAGAAUAUCCUGAACAGACUCCUGUUCUACUAGGAAGUACAGCCAUGGCAACUAGUCUCACGAAUGUAGGAAAUUCAUUUAGUGGUCCACCUAAUUCUUUAGUGUCUAGAUCUAGUAAGUUUCAAAAUUCAUCAGUCGAAGAUGAUGAUGAUGUUGUUUUUAUUGAACCUGUACAACCUUCCCCAUCUUCUGCAUCAUUGGUAGCUGAUCCAAGAACCAUAACUUUUACAUCUUCAAAAAAUGAAGAAAUACAAGGAAAUGAUCCCAAAAUUCUUCCUUCCUUGAAAGAGUUGGCUUCUCAGAAGGGAAGUGUAAGUGAGACAAUUGUCAUUGAUGACGAAGAGGACAUGGACACAAAUCAAGGACAAGAGAAAAGUCACUGUAGUUUUAUUGAAAAGAGACCUGAGAGUAAAAACAGAAUUAGUGAUGUAGAUUUCUCUACUUCCAGUUUUUCAAGAAGUAAGGUAAAUGCAGGAAUGGGUAAUAGUGGUAUCACCACAGAACCAGACUCUGAAAUUCAGAUUGCUAAUGUUACAACUUUAGAAGCAGGUAUAAACUCUGUGAAUGAUUGCCAAUUAGAAAAUGCUGAUGGGAGAGAUAUGAACUUAAUGAUUACUCAUGUAACAUCACUACAGAACACCAACUUGGGAGAUGUCUCUAACGGACUGCAGUCAAAUAAUUUUGGUGUUAAUAUGCAAACAUACACCCCAUCUUUAACUUCACAGACCAAGACUGGAGUAGGACCUUUUAAUCCUGGUAGGAUCAGUGUGGCAGGGGAUGUAUUUCAGAAUGGAGAAUCUGCAUCUCAUCAUAAUCCUGAUUCUUGGAUCUCUCAGUCAGCAUCAUUUCCCCGUAAUCAGAAACAACCAGGGGUGGAUUCUUUAUCACCAGUGGCCUCACUUCCUAAACAGAUAUUCCAGCCUUCUGCCCAACAACAACCCAAUAAACCAGUUAAAGUCACUUGCGCAAACUGCAAAAAACCUCUUCAGAAGGGACAGACAGCUUAUCAACGUAAAGGAUCAGCUCAUCUCUUUUGUUCAACUACCUGCCUUUCUUCCUUUUCUCACAAGCCUGCUCCAAAGAAACUCUGUGUUAUGUGUAAAAAAGAUAUAACUACAAUGAAAGGAACUAUUGUUGCUCAAGUGGAUUCAAGCGAGUCCUUUCAGGAAUUCUGUAGUACAUCUUGUUUGUCUCUCUAUGAAGACAAACAGAACCCUACUAAAGGAGCACUAAAUAAGUCAAGAUGUACAAUAUGUGGUAAACUAACAGAGAUUCGCCAUGAAGUUAGUUUUAAAAAUAUGACUCAUAAGCUGUGCAGUGACCACUGCUUUAAUAGAUAUAGAAUGGCUAAUGGCCUGAUAAUGAAUUGCUGUGAACAGUGUGGAGAAUAUUUACCCAGUAAAGGUGCUGGAAAUAAUGUUUUGGUGAUUGAUGGUCAGCAGAAAAGAUUUUGCUGUCAAAGCUGUGUCAGUGAAUAUAAACAGGUAGGUAGCCAUCCAAGCUUCCUGAAGGAAGUUCGAGAUCACAUGCAAGACUCUUUCUUAAUGCAGCCUGAGAAAUAUGGAAAAUUGACAACUUGUACUGGUUGCCGAACUCAGUGCAGGUUUUUUGAUAUGACUCAGUGUAUAGGUCCUAAUGGAUAUAUGGAGCCAUAUUGUUCAACUGCAUGCAUGAACAGUCACAAGACAAAAUAUGCAAAAUCACAAAGUUUGGGAAUUAUUUGCCAUUUUUGUAAGCGAAACUCUUUACCUCAAUACCAAGCAACAAUGCCUGAUGGAAAACUGUAUAACUUUUGCAAUUCCAAUUGUGUGGCUAAAUUUCAGGCUCUAAGCAUGCAAUCAUCUCCAAAUGGACAGUUUGUAGCACCCAGUGAUAUUCAGCUGAAAUGUAACUACUGCAAAAACUCCUUUUGUUCAAAACCAGAAAUCUUGGAAUGGGAGAACAAAGUGCAUCAGUUCUGCAGCAAAACGUGUUCCGAUGACUAUAAGAAGUUGCACUGCAUAGUCACAUAUUGUGAAUACUGUCAAGAGGAGAAGACUCUUCAUGAAACUGUAAAUUUCUCUGGUGUUAAGAGACCUUUCUGUAGUGAAGGCUGCAAACUAUUAUACAAACAGGAUUUUGCAAGGCGUUUAGGAUUAAGAUGUGUAACAUGCAACUAUUGUUCUCAGCUGUGUAAGAAGGGUGCAACUAAAGAACUUGAUGGCGUUGUGAGGGAUUUCUGCAGCGAAGACUGCUGUAAAAAAUUUCAGGAUUGGUACUACAAGGCUGCAAGAUGUGAUUGCUGUAAAUCUCAAGGUACACUUAAAGAGCGAGUGCAAUGGCGUGGGGAAAUGAAACAUUUCUGUGAUCAACACUGCUUAUUGCGUUUUUACUGUCAGCAAAAUGAGCCCAACAUGACAACUCAGAAAGGACCUGAAAACCUACAUUAUGAUCAGGGCUGUCAGACGUCUCGAGCAAAAAUGACAACCUCAGUACCACCCCCUUCUCCUACUCCAAACAAAGAGAUGAAGAACAAAGCAGUUCUUUGCAAACCCUUAACAAUGACAAAAGCCACUUACUGUAAACCUCACAUGCAGACCAAAUCUUGUCAAACAGAUGAGAAUUGGAAGACAGAGUAUGUUCCAGUGCCUAUCCCUGUGCCUGUGUAUGUCCCAGUGCCUAUGCACAUGUACAGCCAAAAUAUUCCUGUCCCUACCACAGUUCCUGUUCCUGUGCCCGUUCCUGUUUUUCUGCCUGCUCCAUUGGACAGUAGUGAGAAGAUUCCUGCCAUAGUUGAGGAUCUGAAAAGCAAAGUUUCUUCAGAUUCUCUUGAUACUGAAUUGCUUACAAUGGCAGAUAUGAUGACUGAAGUUGAGGGGAAAACAGAAACAUCCAACGUAAACAGUGUAAUUAUUGAAGCUGACAUGAUUGGCCCAGAUCUCAUGAAAAACUCUGAUCCAGAAAUACAAUCCAGCAUGCCUGAUGUGCCAUAUGAACCAGAUUUGGAUAUUGAAAUAGAUUUCCCCAGAGCUGCUGAGGAGCUUGAUAUGGAAAAUGAGUUUUUAUUGCCACCAGUUUUUGGGGAAGAAUAUGAGGAGCAGCCCAGACCUCGAUCUAAAAAAAAGGGAGCCAAGAGAAAAGCUGUAUCAGGAUACCAGUCGCAUGAUGAUAGUUCUGACAAUUCAGAAUGCAGCUUUCCUUUCAAAUAUACCUAUGGUGUAAAUGCAUGGAAACACUGGGUCAAAACUAGGCAACUUGAUGAAGAUCUUCUGGUAUUAGAUGAGCUAAAAUCUCCUAAAUCAGUAAAGUUAAAAGAAGACCUUCUCUCUCACACCACAGCUGAGCUCAACUAUGGGCUAUCCCAUUUUGUCAAUGAAAUUCGACGACCAAAUGGAGAGAAUUAUGCACCUGACAGCAUCUAUUAUCUCUGUCUUGGAAUACAGGAGUACUUAUGUGGUAGUAAUCGAAAGGACAACAUAUUUAUUGAUCCAGGAUACCAGAUGUUUGAGCAAGAAUUGAAUAAAAUACUCCGGAGUUGGCAACCAAGCAUACUUCCAGAUGGGUCAAUAUUCUCUCGAGUUGAAGAAGACUAUCUCUGGAGGAUAAAACAACUAGGAUCACACUCUCCAGUAGCUCUUUUGAAUACCCUGUUCUACUUUAACACUAAGUAUUUUGGCCUGAAAACAGUGGAACAACAUUUAAGACUUUCCUUUGGCACUGUGUUUAGGCAUUGGAAAAAAAAUCCUUUAACAAUGGAAAACAAAGCAUGUCUUCGAUACCAGGUGUCUUCCUUAUGUGGAACAGAUAAUGAAGAUAAAAUUGCUACUGGAAAACGAAAACAUGAAGAUGAUGAACCAGUAUUUGAACAAAUUGAAAACACAGCCAAUCCUUCUAGAUGCCCUGUGAAAAUGUUUGAAUGUUACUUGUCUAAAAGUCCACAGAAUCUUAAUCAGAGAAUGGAUGUUUUUUAUUUGCAACCAGAAUGCUCUAGUUCUACAGAUAGCCCUGUCUGGUACACGUCUACUUCACUGGACCGAAACACCUUGGAAAAUAUGCUUGUACGGGUUCUUCUAGUAAAAGAUAUUUAUGAUAAAGACAAUUAUGAACUGGAUGAAGACACAGACUAAAAAGAAGUUUUAGAAGCAAUCGGGAUAACAGCAUUAGUCAUGCUGCUAGAUCUUUACAUUUCAAGUUUACUCUUUCUGUUCUGAGUUUUGUAGCAGUGUACCCACAGUGGGUAUUACCAUGUAAAUAUUCUGUAAGUGAAAGUUGCCAUUAUUCUAUGUAGUGAUUUUAGGAUACUUAACAUUCAAAUUUUUUUAUUAUUUAUUUGAUUAGGUAUAUGUUUAUAACUUUUUACAUUACAAAAUAUGAACGAGAAUGUGCCAUGUAUAAUUUUUUUUUUCUUGUAGUAAGAAACAUCCAUAUUGCACAAUUCUACUGUUGCAAAGAUUCCUCAAAAGGAGGUGCUUUUACUGGGUUCUUGACCAGAUGGUUGUAUAUGGUUAGCACUACUAAAGUUUAGAACUUGCAGUGUCUUUCAGAAUUUUAAAAAAUAAACUGUAAACUAAUAGGCUGGGUUUUUUUGGGGGGAAGGGUUGUUUGUUUGAUGUUUUAGUUAAUGAAGCCUUACAAAAUUACGUAGAGAAAUACCAUCUUCUGUACCAAAAAUAGACAAGAGAAUGCUGUUAAUAUUGGUGUACUGUAAUGUGAAUCGAUACUGGUGAAAACAACUUUCUGUUCCCCUUAUUAAAACUUAGUGUCCUUUUCUCA